AGUCAGGUCAGUAAGUUUAGUCAGUCAGUCAGUCGGUUAGUAAGUCGGUCAGAGUCAGUCAGUCGAAUAUCGAGUCGCGGAUUCAAAUUUGAAUAAAAUCAAAUAUAAUCGAAAAAAAAAACCCUAAAAAUUAUACUAACGUACGAGGAAACACCCUUUUAAUUUUCGCACUCAAUUUAUUCAUUCAACUAUAACGUAAAUAUUUUCUUUUCUUCUCGAAUACCAAUAACAGUAAACAGUUAUUGUUACUAUUAUUAUCAUCGAAGCAGCUGUUCUUUACCACUUUGUCAUCGCGUCAUUGUGCUUAGUAAAUAGUUCUAAUUGAUUCUAUAAUUUGAAGAUCGAAAUUUUAUUCAAAUGUAAGUAUAAAAAUAGCGAGCGCAAAAAGGAGGAUAAUAAUAUGUGCAAAAACAAAACCCAAUUAAACGAGAGAUAAUAUUCUUUUUCUUCCUAUUCUUGCAAUAUUUAACAUAAUACUAUGGUGAUUGAGAACGGAUUAAGCACGAAAAAGAAAUUGAAGUAUCCGAGAUCGGUACUUUUUAUUAUCAGUAAUGAAUUCUGCGAGAGAUUUUCCUACUAUGGUAUCCGAACCAUCAUGGUCCUUUACUUGCGAAAUAAACUUCUCUACGACGAUGAUACGGCCACCGUGAUUUUUCAUGCAUUUGCAAUGCUCGCUUACUUUACUCCACUGUUGGGUGCGAUGAUGGCCGAUUCUUGGCUAGGCAAAUUCAGGACAAUAUUCUACGUCAGUAUUAUUUACGCUGUAGGGCAGCUUGUACUCGCUGCAAGUGCGGCACCACCCUUCAAUUUACCAGAUCGGGCAUUUGCAAUCAUCGGUUUGAUCCUCAUCGCGGUUGGAACUGGAGGAAUCAAACCAUGUGUGGCGGCAUUUGGCGGUGACCAAUUCGUUUUGCCACAACAGGAGCGUGCUCUGGUUUUGUUUUUCUCACUUUUCUAUUUUUCCAUCAACAGUGGAUCGCUUAUAUCAACUUUUGUUUCACCGAUACUUCGGCAAGAUGUUUCCUGCUUCGGAGAAAACACGUGCUAUUCUCUUGCUUUUUUUGUACCGGCUGUUCUGAUGAUCGUAUCUAUAGUGAUCUUUGUACUUGGAAAACCGUUGUACAUAGUCAAAUCACCGGAAGGGAAUGUCGUUGCAAAAGUGGUCAAGUGUAUUUGGCAUGGAUUGGGUAACAAAAUAAAGGCGAAGAAAGGUGAUGACAGAGAAUACUGGCUGGAUCAUGCGGACGAUAAAUACGAUCCCAAGUUCAUCUCGGACAUUCGAUCAGCGCUUGGAGUUAUUAAAAUGUUUCUGCCACUGCCUGUAUUUUGGGCACUAUUUGACCAGCAAGGAUCAAGAUGGACAAUUCAGGCAACAAGAAUGAAUGGGCAGAUUGGAAGCUUUGUUCUAAAACCCGACCAAAUCGGAUUCGUUAAUCCUCUUUUGAUUCUCCUGUUUAUCCCGAUGUUUGAGACAUGCAUUUACCCCGCUCUUAACAAAAUCCAUCUGGUCCGCACACCGCUUCAGAAACUAACGUUCGGUGGGAUAUUGGCUGGACUUGCUUUCGUUAUUUCUGGAGUCGUGGAACUGCAGCUUGAGAAAACUUAUCCAGUUCUUCCGUCUUCGGGAUUGACUCAGUUGAGGAUAUUCAACACUCUCGAUUGCCAGAUUCCCAUGACGGUUGGCAACGACUCAUUCGUACUUGAAAAUUUGGGCAUUUGGGAGAACAAAUAUAUAGAGGCUAGUGGUGAUGUCACGAUAAACUACUCUGCUAAUUUUGCUCAAUGUUCUGCUGCUGGUAUAACGAAUUCUUUGCCUGGGGACACAUCUGGUACACUAACUGGUCAGGAGGCACAGGCUGUUUCUUGGGUGGUUACGAAAGAGGGUAUCACACGCAAGUACAUCGAUAACGUGGGUAAAACAACGAGUGGAAAUCCUGCUAUUCGAAGUUUAGUUCAUUUAAAUUCUGCAGUGGCAUCAACAGGCAUUCUACGUUUUGUUAAAGACUCCAAAUCCAUUUUAAAUAUUCCGGUGUCGUCAAAGUUUGUUGAAUCUGAGUUAGAAGAAAUCAAUGCCGAUACCUAUGAUAUAUAUUUUAGUCAGACUUUGAUUAAAUCAUCAGUCGAAUUUAAAUCUGGUGGAAUUUACGCAAUCACAGCUUAUAUCAAUGAUUUGACCUCAGCUAAAGGGAAUAUUAUAACGAUUACUGAUCCAAAUUCAAUGCACAUACUUUGGGUAUUGCCACAAUACAUUGUCAUGACAUUGGGGGAAGUCAUGUUCUCUGUCACCGGACUUCAAUUUGCAUUUACGCAAGCAGCUGUCAGCAUGAAAUCUCUACUUCAGGCUGUAUGGUUGCUAACGGUAGCCUUUGGUAACUUAAUUGUUGUCGUAAUCGCCGAGGCUGCGUUUUUUGACAGCCAGGCGAGUGAAUUCUUCUUGUUCGCUGGUCUCAUGUUCGUGGAUAUGCUUAUAUUUGCUGGACUCGCUUGGUUCUACAAGUAUGUAACAAUUUCAGAAGAUGAAGAUCAAACUGACGGAGAUAUCAAUUUGACGCCAGGGAAAAAGAGUACUUUUGACUCAUCGAUCGAUGCCAAUGACGCAAAGUCAUGAACAUUUUAACUGUACAUAAAACUAUAGCAAAAGAAAAAGAAGGGAAAUAGUUGUUUCGUUAUUUUUCAAACAAUUCAGACUGAUCUACGUUCGGUAAUUGUAAAUAAAUGUAUCGAUCCGAUUUCAUAUGCACUGUGCAAGAGUACGAAUUCUUCACAAUAUUGAACUGUUGACGAUAAAAUAAAGGGCUGUUUAAUAUAA